AUGGAGAAUCAUUACUGCCCACGCCUCCGAAGCGCAAAGGCGUUCGUUCUGCCGGCGCAAAGAACUCUCUACGUCGGGUGGCCAUCAUCGCUCAACGGCCAGCGCAACGCAGUGGUGGCGCCCUACCUGGAGAACCAGAGCGGAUUCGAGGCAAGUGAGGUUGUACAUGCCCGCGGUGUAAAUGGAGGCGACAUCUUUGUAUUCCCUUCUGGAACGAUCGUGACCUGGGCGCUGCCUCCUGAUGUCGUCACUAAACAAUUGCUCGGCGCGGCGGAAACGCCUUUGAAGCCGGCUCUGCGGGAGGUCGAGGACCUGGAGUAUGUUGCCGACUCGUCGAGGGAAACGAGCGGCAUGAAGGGUGACAUUGUGGUACUUGGGACGAAGCUUGAAGAGAGGGAUGGCGAUAGACUGGACACGACGCUGGCCAAGAUUGCCUUCUCUUCGGGGUUAGCGAGGAGCACCAAGCUGGCCGUUCUCGAAACAGCCUUGACGGCGUACUUUGAGAGUACCAGGAAAAUACCGUCGCUGCUGUCAAAGGGCUCUGGGCUACCCCUUGGUAGGAAGUUUAUCUUGCAGAAGACGGGCGAGUUGUUGAGUCUGCGCGCGCGGCUCAACCACUACUCGGAGCUGACGGACUCCCUCCCGGACAUUUUCUGGGACAGCCGUGCCGAACUAGGUCUAGAAGGGUACUACGAGCAGGUCGGACGAGCGCUUGACGUAAACGUGCGGAUUCGAACGUUGAACCAGAAGAUGGACUAUGCGCAGGAGAUUGCGAGCGUGCUACGAGAGAUGUCCAGUGAGCAGCACAGCACAAGACUGGAGUGGAUCAUCAUCAUCCUCAUUACUGUCGAAGUCGUCUUUGAGCUGAGGCGGAUUGUGUUGGAGUGGAAGGAGGAGGAGGCACUAGAGAACGCCGGGAAGAAAUGA